AUCAAAUAUUAUCAAUAUCAACAUUGAUUCUGUUUUACUUAUCUGUCGCCUGUGACGGUGGAGUUAGGUGGGUCCAACUUAUUAUUCUUCUUCUUUUUUUCUUCACUGAAGAAUAAAUACGGAGAAAAGCUGCAGAUUUGUGUUUAAAAUGAACCGUCAUUUGAGCGACAGUUGGCGACAGACGGCUUCAAACCAAUCAACACUAAUUAGCAGUUGUCUCGUGAUCUCACGCCCGAGUCUGUGAAGAGAUUUGCGCGUUUCCAAGAAAGGAAAAAAAACCCAAAACUAUCAGUAAAGUCAGUCAGGAAAGUGAUCAGGAGAUGAUUUACAUUCGUGUUCAAGUGGUUUGGCUCUUUGUAGCUUUAGCCUUGGUUUCCCAGCUGUGCUGGAGUCACUCAGCGGCGCAGAUGAAGAAGAAAACAACCGAGCGGAGACAACAGCUGCUUCUGCCCAGAGUCACCUGCUCAGCCCGCAGAGUCAAAGCUGUCUUUGGCUCCAUGGUGGAUGAGAAUAUACACGUCAGAGAUAAGUCCGGAGCAGCAGUGCCGGUGUCCCAGUCUGAAGACCACUGUGGAGUCCGAGUGGUCAGAGAGAAGAACCGCAACCUGUCUUUCCUCAGCAGACCUGACAGCUGCUAUGCUCAGAUUGAGCACAACAGAGUGGUCAUACCGCUGCAGGUGCAGCUGAGGGGAGAAGAUCAGUGGUUCAGGGUGAACAUCAGCUGUCCUCUGAGGAAGAGGAGCAGCAACGAAGCUUCAGUCGGCCCCAAAUUGUUGCCUGGAAAGUGUGGAACGGUCAAAGCUCUGCAGGUGGACUGUGGUCAUCAGGGCAUUUCUAGCCAGGCCUGUACCAAACGAGGUUGCUGCUACGAUGCUCACCAUUCCACCUGUUACUACAGACUCAAUGCAUGCUCCCUGGAUGGGAAUUUUGUGUUUUCCGUGGAGGUCACAGACAUUAAUCCAGGCAACCUGACGGUCAAAGGUCACCCAGAGUGUCGCCCUGUGGUCUCCACGGCAGACACGGCAGUUUUUAAGAUCGGAGUCACAGAGUGUGGUACAAAGAAGAAGGAGCAUGAAGGCGUCGUUACCUACGAGGUGGAAGUGGAGGAGCGACACGCUCACAGUAAAGCUAAAUAUUCACCCUACAGUCUCCAGGUGCAGUGUGAAUAUGCAGCAUCCGACCUCCAGCGUGCGGCCAAGUUGCGUUCUCUGUAUGCAGUGACAAACCCGCCCCCCGUGGUUGCACAGGGAGUUCUCAAACUGCAGAUGAGAAUAGCUAAAGAUGCGUCUUUCACGUCCUUUUUCCCCGAAAACGAGCUUCCACUGACGCUGCCUCUGCGUAAGGUGGCGUACGUCGAAGUUUCCAUCGCUCCGCCGUCCCCUGACCCCAGCCUCUCCCUGCAGGUGCAGGACUGCUUCGCCCACCCCGUGUCCAGACACUCGGUGUGGUUGCUUCUCUAUGAUGGUUGUCCGAACCCUUUGGACAACAUGAGGGGCUCGUUCCCUGUGGAUAAACAAGGGAAGACCACUUCCCACUCCCAAGUCAGGAGAUUCAAUGUCAAAACCUUUGCCUUUUUAGACCCUCAGACAGGCCAUCCAAGCGAGGAGGAAAUGUACUUCUACUGUUGGGUGGAAAUUUGUACAGAUGACGUCGACUGUGCACAGAGUUGUACCAUCAUCUCUGACGGUGAGAGGCAGCGAAGGGAGAUUCCCACUAAAUCCGACCAGCUCCAGUUGGUGUCCUACGGACCGCUGCUGCUCAGACAGAACGGCACUGAAGGGGAGAGCGGUCUGUGUGUCAAACAAACUGCAAUGCUGCGGGUGACGGUGUUCGUCAUCUCUGGCGUUGCUGCUGCUCUGCUGCUGACUCUGCUCUUCAUUCUCAUCUCCAAUGUCACCAAGUGGACAAAGAAGAAAUAAAUGCAGGAGCCGAUACAAAACCACGGCAAUAAAUGACUUUAUUUGACCGUCU